AUGUCUUAUUUCCCCCGAGCAGCCCGAGAGCUGCUUCGCCAACCAUCAAUCGCAAUUCCUAAAGUCCCAUCCUCGCCCUUCGGGCAAAUCGCCCAUCUACACCAGAAGGGACCUGCACGAUCGGCAGUUGUCCACGAACAAGCACUCCCACAAGUCCAAACACAAAUCCCUCCAGUCAAAGCGGCACAAUCCUCACAAGUUGAGCCAGCCAACAUCGACACACUUAUCUCCCACAUUCCUCUGGUCCAAUCUCUGCGCGCAGCACACAAAACCUACAAAGAAACUCGCCCACACCUCGCUAUCCCACCACCGAUACGGCAGCACCACUUCGUGGGCGGGAGUCUUUCUGGGUCGGGGAAGCUGGCCUUCCAACCGUAUAUGUGGACCAGCUCUACCCCAGCCUCUCAACAAGAACCAAAUUCCAAAUCCGGAAAGGGUACAUCUAACAGCAACGUGACAUCAAUCUUCCACAUCGGCAGCGAUCUAUGCGGGCACCCCGGCUUCGUACACGGCGGUCUUCUGACUGUGCUAUUUGACGAGGUCUUUGCGCGGUGCGUCUCAGCAUCCUUCCCGAGCGGGUUGGGAAUGACAGCAAAUCUUAAUGUGGAUUUCCGGAAACCUGCUCUCCCAGACCGUUUGUAUGUCCUCCACGCGAAGACAGUCAAGGAUGAAGGACGAAAGGCUUGGGUGGAAGGGCAGAUGACAUAUCUUCCCUUGCCGCUGUCUAUACCUUUGGAGUUCGGCGGCAUUGUUCCCGAUGCCACGGAGGCGUUGACGGAAGAGAGUGAAGGAGCUGUUAUGGUUGCGGAGGGCAGGGCGCUUUUCGUAGAGCCGAAGUUCGCAGAUUCCAUGGUUUCGAUUUAUCGGAACUAG